CCGAAUUUCUGGAAAUAAUUCGCUCCUCGUACUAUGAAAGUCACUGUUCCGUUUAAAUAAGUACUCACAUGGAUAACCAUGAUAACAGUCACCUCGGGUGAUGAAGAACCUGUACCACCCUCGCAAAGUCCACACAAAUAUCCUGGAGACCCGCAAAACGCAUAUUUUUCACUUCACACAAACCUUCACUCAGGGAGGAUUUAGACCGACUACUCAACCCAAUCUCAUACUUAUUGGGACAUAAUAGACAUCAGGAUACCCAUUGACGGUGUUUAUUUGAGUAAUCGCUGAUUGUAAACACGAAUGAAUUCAGGUUGGGCCGGAGUAUAUAAUCUCUGGUGUGAAUCUACUAAAUAAUCACCGAAAUGAUUGUUGAUCAGCAACAAUGGCUGUGAUAAAACAACAAUAAUACCAUUAUUCACACCUUUCGUUUUCGAUUCGUUUGAGAAAGGAGAAACAAGUGUGUUAUUUAGUUUUAGGAGCAAGAAUGAAUGAAAAAAGAAAACAAAAAAACAAAGUAAAACACUUUGGUUCAGUACAAAAAUACUUAUCAGUGACAGAUUCCAUGAUAAAUCAAUGCAAGAGCUCAUAAUCUCAAAGAAUUCUCGAUCCAGCAGAUGACCUCAAGUCCAUCCAAUCGCAUUCAAUACUCUUAGAUUUAGAUAAAUUUAUAACAAAUGCUUCUAUUUUUCAUCUCCAAGCUGUUCCUCCAAUAAUCCAGUGAUCCUUUACCUCCACAAACCCCAGUCUCCCAAGAUUACCUCUUUGCACGUCCAACAAACAAUUCUUUCAGGUUCAAACAAACAAUUGCUCUAGUGCAGUACCCAACUAAACCAAAAGUUUAUCUAAAAUAAUCCGGGCAAUCGAAGUUAUAUAUUUGCUUGUGUUGUGUUCCUCAAACCAGAAAGUUGCAUUCAAAAUAUCAAAAGAAAAUAAAAAAAACGUUUAGCCGAUUAUUCCAACCAUGAACGCCAAUAUCGAGGAAGUUUCUAAAAAAGUUGACGUCGAAAAAGUUCGUUACCAAAAUAAUAGGAAUGCAAAGUACGCAUUCGGUUAUGUGAAGAAAAAAUCAAGUUCAAGUUCAAGUAUAAGAAAAAAAAACCAAGAAUUCCCAAUUAUUCGAAUCCCUUUACGAUCUAAAAGAGAGAGAGAAAGAGAGAGAGAGAGAGAGAAAAAAGAAAGAGAGCGCGCGUAAGAGAGAGAGAGAGAAAAAAAAACAAAUUGAGUUUACGUUUCUGUGUUCGUUUCGAGUACUUAAAAAUCCAAAAGUGAAUGGAUUUAUCGCGUCGGUACCUCAAGAGAGCGAGUACUGCACGAGCACUCUUAACUGAGCCCCCCAGGUUGAAAAAACCUAGUGCAAAAAUCAUAAAAAAUGUCAGACUCGGGUUCUGAUAGUUCGUCGGAUUAUGAGGGCCACCGAGGGAGGGCAGCGACCCCAGAGGACUCCCCUGGCUAUCGAAAAUCCCGCAAAUCUUCAGGUAGUUCCCUGGGCUCGUCCCCCCGAGGCCCAAGAUCCCCUCCAGCAUCGCCUCCAGGGUCACCAAAAUCAGGAAGUGGAUCGCCGCAAUCAACGCACUCCCCAGAACCUCCACAUUCCCCAGGAUCUCCUCACUCCCCAGACUCUCGUCAUAGUUCCCCAAAGUCGGCAUCGGCCUCUCCAAAAUCGGCAUCAACCUCUCCAAAAUCAGCAUCAGCCUCUCCCAAAUCUCGAAGAUCAUCCAACUACUCUCGAUCAGACCGUUCGUCGCCCCCUGGUUCACCACAAGGAGAAUCCUACAAGUCGAGAUCCCCGAAACCCCCAAGGGGUCCGAUGUCUCCAUCAUCAGUUGCUUCUCCCAAGUCUCCUAUCUCUCCCAGGAGUUCACCAAAAUCCCUGUUGUCUGAACGUUCCUCUCCAAAGUCCUUCAAAUCGGGUCGGGGAUCAGUACCAGACGAUGGAGAACUUGACGAGUCCCCAGUGAAGCCCAAAUCACCCCGACAGAAAUCCAAUUCGUUCAAUGAAAUCGAUGGAGAACAGAUCUCCGAUGGAGAUAUCGAAGACGAGCCCGAGCCAGCCAAGGCCAAACCAGUACCAAUGACUCAUGGAGAGGAUCUUUCCGACGUUUCUGACCUGGACAGUAUGGAUGGGGUUGAUGAGCAUGAGCGCAAUCAUGAGGACGAGGAGCCUAAGAGCCCUGAGGAGAAGAUCAAAGCUGAUAAGGAGGAAAAAGUUGUCUCUGUGAGCUUAGAGGAGACUGAACAGUUGGAUUUCGAGGCUGAAGGACAGUGGAAGGAUGAGAGGGAGGAGGGAGAGGCCGAGGCUCCAAAGGAGUCCAAGGAGGAGAGGGAGGUCAGGGAGCCCAGGGAGGCCAGAGAGAAGGAGAGUGAUAAGAGAGAGUCUGGAGAAAUCGUUGAUGACGAACCUGUUGAAGAUGGGGAAAAAGUGGAGUCUGAGCUGGAGGAGGGAGAAUUGAGUGAUGGGGAUGAUGCCAGACCUGAAGAAACUGAACCCAGGCCUGUGUGCAGGUUCUACAACAGGGGUCAGUGCACUUGGGGCGUCAGCUGCAGGUUUCUCCAUCCUGGAGUGACUGACAAGGGAAAUUACACGAUGUUUGAUAUGGUGAGGCCCAUGGCAUAUCCUUCACAUGCUUCCACUACUACUCACGAGUUCAGGCCUCACAUCGAGAGGCCCAGUCUUCUCAGACCUUUAACUGGAUACCCUGCACCACAUCAUCCACCCAAGGGGGAGGAUCUUCCUGCUGAGAGUGCCUGGGAGAGGGGCCUCAGGCAUGCCAAGGAGAUGAUGAGAAAGGCUAAUAAGAGGAAAGAGUCAGAUAUGGAUUUCGAGGAGAAGAAGAUGAAUCUCAGUCUUGGGCAGGAAGAGAUGGAUCGAGAGGCUGGAUAUUAUGUUAAACCGGCGAGCCCCGAACCACCAGUUGAGAGGUGGCCACCCAGGGAGGGACCCCCUAGGAGAGUUCCACCACAUAGAAUCACUCCAGAGAGAAAUUCUUCAAGGUACGAUGAUCCUGACGGUUACUAUCCACCACCAAGUCAUCCAGCUCCUCCAGCAGAGUAUUAUAGAAGAGUUCAAUAUAAACCAGAGCCUCGUCCAGGGCCAGAUUACCGAGAACGAGUGGAUUAUCCACCACCACCACGAGGACCUGCACACUCAGUGUCUCCACCACCAUUCCCCAGGGAGAGGGAACGCGAGAGAGGUAGAGAGCACGAGUAUUACGAGAAAUACGAGAAAAAGCACAAAAGACCCUCCAGGGAGGUUAUCGUCGAGAGAAUUCCAGUGGCCAAGACGUGGAGGGAGGAGGAGCCUCCAGCUCCAGAGAGAGGACGUGGCGAUGAGUGGGCUGAUCCCUGGAUGAGGAGAAAGUCUCCCACAGCUAUCAGAAAAAACGCUGGCCCGACCAGAAGACCCAGGAGACAGUCGUACUCUUCAGGCUCUUCAUAUACUAGCACAAGCUCCAGCAGAAGCUCAAGUCGCUCUAGUUACUCCUCUUAUGACUCCUUAUCCAGGUCCCGCUCCCCAUCCCCCACAUCCCGGCGUGCUCGUGCCAAAGGUAAACAUCCCCCUCCCUCCCCGCCACCGGUCAAUUCAACAAAUCAGGCGAGAGGUGUGAUGCUGAUGAAUCCACCAGCGCCAUCACCAAGGGGAGCCAAAGGCUCCAUAUCACCGACUGGAACAGCGCACAGAAGAGCUGGACUCAAUCCUCCAGCACCGAGCCCGUUGAUUUCCCAUCGUCAUCACGAAAAAUCGAGGGAUAAAGCUGCACUCGCUGCUGCAGCUGUUGCUAAAGUCAUCAAGAGUCGUUCUAGGUCUAGAUCGUCCCACAGCAGUAGUGGAUCAGACAGCAGUGGAAGCAGUAGUGAUUCGAGUGAGUCUAGCUAUUCGUCGGGCUCGUCUGUUGAAUUACGCAGGAAAAAAGUAGUAUCGCCACCGCGUAAGGAACCUUUAAAGGUCGUAGAACCCCCAAAAGUCUCGACCUCCAAGCAACAGGUGAAGCAAAAAAUUUCCACAACACCAGUGAAGAAGGUAGAUCGCAGUGCCACUAUGGCUGGGAAAAAACGAUCAUUGGAGUCUCCUCCAGUGCCCGAUAAUAAAGCUAGCGUUGCUGCAGCUGCUGCCAAAGCUGCGAAAAAAGCGAGCUCAAGACGAGAAGAACUCCUCAAGCAACUCAAAGCCGUUGAAGACGCGAUUGCACGCAAGCGAUCAAAGGUCUAAUUUCUUUUUCACGAGAGAAAUUAAACAAUUAAACGAAUUAUGAAAAUAUGAUAAGCUUUGGUGACGUAUUUAGGAUAUCCUAGAAGUUAAAUAAAGAACAAUUUGUUUGUAAUCUGUGCCAGUUCUGUAUUGAUUCAAAUCAUUUCAGUUGAGGAUAAAUCAGGAGAGAAUAUUCAUUCUCUUUAUUUCACUAAAGUCAAACUAAAAUCAUUAACAAAAUAGAGAAAGGAUAGACACAAACAUUUUUAGGUGAUGUACAAAAGUAUAUAUUUUUUCUUCUUUUUUUUUCAUAUUCUGUUAAUCUCAGACAUACAACCGUGUGACUUAAACCAUAAGUUAAUAAUAUUAAUACUGCCUAUUGAAAGGGGAAAAUAUUUUUUUCUGUACAUGGAAAGAUUAUAAAAUUCGUUCGUUCUGAA